AUGAAAAGCUACGCCACCAACUGUAGUGACAUACUGCGACCGACUAAUCUGAACGCUGUAACUUUACGAUGCUCUCUACUGAAAGCAAGACCCACCAACCGCAAACUUAAGGUUAAGUGGAUUAAGAUGCCAGCAGCUAGUUUUGGUUCCCUAGCACAGUUGCCAGGGACUGGAGAUUGUGGAAUAAAGGAUGUUUGGAAUCACAAUUUACAUGAAGAAUUCCAAAUCAUAAGACAAGUUGUCCAAAAGUACCACUGGGUCGCUAUGGACACAGAGUUUCCUGGUGUGGUUGCUAGGCCCAUAGGAGAGUUUCGUUCUACUGCAGACUAUCAGUAUCAAUUACUAAGAUGUAAUGUUGAUUUGCUAAGAAUAAUUCAACUCGGACUUACAUUUAUGGAUGAGAAUGGGAAAACACCCCCUGGUUAUACAACAUGGCAGUUCAAUUUUAAAUUUAAUUUACAGGAAGAUAUGUAUGCUCAAGAUUCCAUUGAUCUGCUUCAAAACUCUGGUCUCCAAUUUCGAAAACAUGAAGAAGAAGGCAUAGAGCCUUUGGAAUUUGCUGAACUUCUUAUGUCAUCAGGCCUUGUUUUAAUGGACAAUAUUAAAUGGCUCAGCUUUCAUUCAGGCUAUGAUUUUGGAUAUCUACUUAAGUUACUUACAGAUCAGAACUUGCCACAAGAUGAAAAUGAUUUCUUUGAAAGUCUCCGACUAUAUUUUCCAACGGUGUAUGAUGUGAAGUACUUGAUGAAAUUGUGCAAAAAUCUUAAGGGUGGAUUACAAGAAGUCGCUGAUCAGCUUGAAUUACGUAGAGUUGGACCACAGCAUCAGGCAGGAUCUGAUUCUCAUUUAACUGGCAUGGCAUUUUUUAAAAUUAAAGAGAUUUUCUUUGAUGACAACAUUGAAAGUUCUAGCGGUCACCUGUACGGUUUGGGAGCGCCAUUUUCGGUGAAUUCAAACAAUUUUCAAGACAAUGGUGAAAAUGGUAGUUCUUCUUGA